CACAGCCGGUAUCGGGUGGAAAAAGCUUCUGUGGAUCCCAGUGGGAAUUCAGAGUCAAGAGUUUGUAGGGCGAUUUGGUGGGAAUCGCGGGCCUGCAGCUGCCGCGUCUCUCAUGAUUCCACCUUCAAGUUCUUUGGCUGGGCAGCACAGCACGCUCCCCAGAGAACUUACUUGGGGGAAACCCUGAGAACAGUCCUCAAACGUGCAUGAGAAUUUCUCUAAUGAUGCAUUUACUCAGAGAAGAGAUUGGCCUUUGGCAGCUGGGGGAGAGCCUAGAUCUGAACCUUGGUGCAUUUCUAAGAAUGUGAGCGUUCGUAUUGACCAUGCUCUUCCCUUCUGUCUUUAAGCCUGGGACUUUUCCCUUGCAGUUUGAAAUCUGCGGAUGGACCUUUUUUGCCACAUGCCUGUUUGGAGAAAAAGCUCGUUGUUAUUCUUUCUCUUUGCAUCUGUAGAUAUUUCACGUAAAACGUACACUUUUUGACUGACAAAGGGGGGAGGUUGCAAGCAAACUUGUUGCCCAUAUAAAGUGGCAACUGUAAUGCUCAGUUUAACUUAUUUUAUCAAUACAAUGAUAACAAUUUUUCAAAUACUGCAGUGUUUCUUUUUUUCAGGCAUGUCAUUGCUCAGAGGGGAAUUGCAGUCAUAGAUUGCUCAUGGGCCAAAUUAGAAGAAACUCCCUUUACGAGGAUGAGAGGAGGUCAUCUGCGGCUGCUGCCAUACUUGGUAGCUGCAAAUCCUGUGAACUACGGUCGGCCGUGCAAGCUGUCCUGCGUGGAAGCUUUCGCUGCAGCUUUCUGCAUUGCUGGAUUCCCAGACCUAGCCACCGUUCUUCUACGGAAAUUUAAAUGGGGUAAGGCAUUUAUUGACUUGAACAAAAAUCUCUUGGAAAAAUACGCAGCCUGCCAUUGCCAGGAAGAAGUGCUGAGAGUUGAAAAGGACUUUUUAGCCAGUGUCCAAGAAACAAAAGAUGAAGAAAUAGAUCCAUUUGAUGUUGACUCAGGAAAAGAAUUUUCUAAUCCCAACAGACCAAUCCAUUCCCCAGGGCUAGCACAAAGUAACGAAGAAUCUGAAUCUGAGGAGGACAGCGCGAGCACGCCAGAUGAGGCCACUGAAAGCAGCAGUGAGAGCAGUCCAGAAGAAGAUGGUACUGCAGAGCAACAGCCACCGAUACAGCAACUAUAUGAAAAGUAAAAAAAAACCAAACCAAAACCAACCCC